UCCCAAGCAGGAUCCGUACUGUCAGUGCAGAGCCCAAUGUGGGGGCUUGAACUCAUGAACCAUGAAAUCAUGACCUGAUCUAAAGUCAGACACUUAACUGACUGAGCCCCCAGGCACUCCCAACAGCUCACCCUUCUUACUUUCUUCCUAUUCCCUCUUUUAGUGGUCAGUUCCUUUCCAUGAAAGCUCCCAGAACAGUUUCUCCAGAAAUUUGUCUUCAACCACUUAAAAGUCUUCUUAAAUAAGUUCAUGUCAAACACAUGAAACAGAUAUAAUUGUUCCAUUUUAAAGAUGUGAAAAAUUGUCCUUCAGAAGGUUUAAGUUCAUACAGCUUUCAGUUCUUAGGUCCAGCUUUUUAAUUCUAAACACAGUGCUAUAUUUAAGACAUAGCUAUGUAGUCCUCUAAGCAUACCUUAAAUGGCUCAAAAAAUAUGUCAUCCCUCUGCUGGCUGUGUUGUGGUAGGAGGAGCACUGGACUGAGAGCAGAGUGUUCUGGCUCAUUCCUAGCUGUUCUGCUGAUCAGCUGUGUGAUGCAGAGCAAGUCCCCUCAUCUCGGUGGGCCUUCAUCUCCCUGCUAGAGAUGCUAUGAGAACCUGACCUCGUGGGCUUGAGGACAGAGCAAGCUUGUCUGCGGCACAUCCACCCUUUCCCACACACAUUUCUCCAGUUUUGCAGUAUGAACUGAGUCACAGGUUACUCUUGAAGGAUCUUGAAAUGUUUGGGAAGCCCUGUGCAAUCUGUAGUAACAUUUUCCAAGUCCUUUCUUCACAUCUUUACCCAAAAUUCAGACAAUGAGAGGGUGAGUUCUCUAGUCCUUGGCUUUAGGACCCAAACCUAAAUAUGAAAACACUUGCAACUCAAUUGUCUGUUUUCUGAAACAGUUUCACUUGAUGCCUCACAUUUGUUUGUUCUCAUAACUAUACUCUUAAGGGUCAAAGUGUGUAGUUUGAUUUAGGUUCCAAAGAUGUUUGCUAUAUUCACUGACAGAAUUAAUGAGAGGGCCAAAGGGCAGAAACUCUGAAAGUCACUGUUAUUAGUUGCCUAGGGCUGAUGUAACAAAGUACCAGCAACCGGCUUAAAACAACAGAAAUGUAUUGUCUCACAGUUCUAGAGGCUGGUGUAAGUAGGACCACUCCCCCCUGCUAAAACUUGUAUGGAAAAAUCCUUCCUUGCCUCUUCCUAGCUUCUGGUGGUGGCUGUUAAUCACUGGGAUCCCUUGGCUUGCAACUGUAUCACCCCAAUCUCUGCCUGUGUUGUCACAUGGCUGCCUUCGCUCUGUGUGUCUGUUUUCACAUGGUACUCUCCUCUUCCUUAUAAGGACACCAGUCAUAUUGGAUUAAGAGCCCAUCCUAUUCCAAAAUAAGAUAAUCUUAAUUUACCACAUCUGCAAUUAUCCUAAUUCCAAGUAAGGUAACAUUGUGAGGUGCUGGGGGUUAGGACUUCCAACAUAUUUGGGGAGUGGGGAUAUAAUUCAACUCAUAUCUAUCACAAUUGGAAAUACUCAACUUAUUUACCUUUUCUGUUGUUAAGCUGAAAGGAGUAUCUCCUGAGAAGUUUUAGGGUGUGGGAGUGAUAGUCUGAUUACUAAAGACUACUCAGAUUCUGUAAUACAGUUGAUUUCUUUCUAGGGUUGGAAUUUAUAAACAGCCAUGGAUAACUUCACUUUCUUCACUGAGUUCAUCCUCCUCGGGCUGUCUGCUGACGGCCGCAUCCAGACUCUGCUCUUUGUGGUGUUCCUGGGGAUUUACCUCCUGACCCUGGUGGGGAAUCUGGUGAUGAUCCUGGUGAUCAGAGGGGAUUCUCACCUCCACAUCCCCAUGUAUUUUUUCCUUGGACAUCUGUCCUUCCUAGAUAUCUGCUUCUCUUCAGUUACUAUGCCCAAAAUGCUACAGAACUUCCUGUCUCAGAAGAAAAGCAUCUCUGUGUGGGGCUGUAUCACCCAGAGUUUCUUUUUUCUUCUCUGUGGGUGUGCGGAAGCCAGUCUGCUCUCUGCCAUGGCCUAUGACCGCUAUGCUGCCAUCUGCCACCCUCUGCUCUAUACCAUGGUCAUGAACAGGCCUCUCUGCAUGGUAAUGGUCAGCGCAGCAUGGGGAAUAGGGGUUCUGAACUCACUGGUAAAUAAUCUUUUCAUCCACAAGUUACAUUUCUGUGGGUCCAACAUCAUCUUCCACUUCUGCUGUGAGCUGCCCUCACUCUUCCCUCUGUCAUGUACUGAUCCCACUGCCAACAAGUUCCUUCUGUCAGGGUCCAGUGCAUUUCUAGGGCUGCUGACGCUUCCCCUGAUCCUCUUCUCUUACUCCAGAAUCAUUUCUGCCAUUCUGAACAUCCGCUCCUCUGAGGGCCAAGCCAAAGCCUUCUCCACCUGCUCCUCCCACCUCACCGUGGUGCUCUUGUUCUAUGGGACGGCUCUAUUCAGGUACAUCAGCCCUGCCUCAGGCUCAGUGUUGGAGCGUGUGGUCUCCAUUCAGUACAGUGUGAUCACAUCCUUGCUGAACCCCCUCAUCUACAGCCUCAAGAACCAGGAGGUGAAGGCUGCUCUGCAGAGGAUACUGAGGCAGUAAAUGCACUCCUCAGAUGAAGGAUUCUCUGUGUGGGGUUCAGUCAAAGAAUGGGGAGGAGAGAUCUUCAGCAAUACCUGCAAAGGAUGAAAGACAUUUGAGGUCAGUGGUUCUCUAAGUGUCAUCCACAAGUCAGCAUCAGCAGCAUCUGUGAGCUUGCUAGAAAGGCAGAUUCUCAGGCCCAACCACUAAUCUACGGAAUCAACAGUAGAGCUCAACGAUCUAUGUUUUAGUCAACUAGGUGAGUGUGAGAAGUAUGAGAAAAAAAAUGUUCUAGGACAGCUAAUGUGUUUGAGAAACUUGUCUUUGGUGAAAGACAAAAUAUUGACAUCUCAAAAUGUAGAAUCUCUUUUCAGUGGGAGAGUUAGUCUGUCAAGUAGUCAAGAUGAGAACAUUUGAUUGUGUGAUCUUAUGAUCACACUUUCUGCAAGACUGGGAAAGAGAAAAAUAAAAAUCUACAUUAUUUUAAGACCUUACCACUUGUUGGGAUGAGCACUAGGUGUUGUAUGGAAACUAAUUUGACAAUAAAUUAUAUUUAAAAAAAAAAAAAGACCUUGGAAAGAGGGGAAGAGCUCCACUGAAGGCAGACCAGCCCAUUCCCUCCACCACCAUUUGGGAGCGUCAUUCUAAAAGGUUCUUCGGAAGCUAGCACAGCAUAAAGCCAAGGGACAGAUGUCCCAGAACAGUGACUCACAAGCGCUUCCUCCACCUCACCUAGAGCACCUGAGGUCAUCAAAUAGCCAGUGUUCCUGGUUAGUGGUCACUAGUUUGUCUUAGAGAGUAAAGACAGCCUGAGGCUAUGUGGAAGCAAUAGACCAGAUGAACUGGAACUUCCUAUGAGAGUACUUUCACUGAGAACUCCUGCUUACUGACCUGGUUGCCCUGGGCCACGCUGUCAGGAGCUCUGGGGGCUGAGUUCUUGCUUCUUUACAUUUUGUCACAAGACUGCAUUUUCCAUAUUCUUCCUAAGGGUCUGCAUGCCCUCUCAAUCUUUAUCUUUUUAUCUUUCACUUAAGAAAUAGAGCAUUCCCAGAGCCUUAGGAGCUCCAUGUGUGGCCCCCAUCAUAUCACUCUUUCCUCUCCCCAGAGGUAACUAUUGUCCUGAAAUGCACAGUACUUGGUACUCAUUCCCUUGCUUUUAUUAAAAGUUUGCCACUUAUUUGUGAUCCCUAAAUAAGACUGGUGAGUUUUGCCUGUUCUUGAAAUUCAUAUGAGUAGAAUUAUGCUGUAAGUUUUUUUCUAUGACUUGCUUCUUUCACUUAACAUGAUUUAUUCUUGUUUUUAGGUAUGUCUUCAUAAGUAGCAUAGAGCUGCAUUUUUAUUAUUUU